AUGGCUUCCUCACUUUCUUUGUUAACUCUACUUCUCUUCACUGUUAUUUCUACCGUUAAAUCCUGCCCUCCGUCAGACCGGGCAGCACUCUUAGCCUUCAAAGCUGCCCUGACGGAGCCCAACUUAGGCAUCUUCAACACCUGGUCAGGCUAUGACUGCUGCCGCGGAUGGCACGGCGUCAGCUGCAACCCCACCACCUGGCGUGUUACUGACAUUAACCUCCGCGGAGACUCCGAAGAUCCCAUCUUCCAGAAUGUUACUAACUCCGGCAGCAUGACCGGAAACAUCUCGCCGGAGAUUUGUAAACUUGACGAGCUUACCACCAUCGUUAUCGCCGACUGGAAAUCCAUCUCCGGCGAAAUACCUUCCUGCAUUACCUCUCUUUCUUCACUCCGAAUUCUCGACCUCACCGGAAACCAAAUCUCCGGCUACAUCCCGGGAAAUAUCGGAAAGCUCCAGCGACUCACCGUCUUGAACCUUGCUGAUAAUGCAAUCUCCGGCGAGAUUCCGAUGUCGAUAGUUAGAAUCUCCGCUCUCAUGCACCUUGACCUCAGCAACAACCAAAUCAUCGGCGAGCUACCAGCCGAUUUUGGAAAACUCCGUCGACUCAGUCGCGCGUUGCUGAGUCGAAACCAACUCGUUGGUUCGAUUCCAAAUUCGGUUCUCAAAAUGAACCGGCUCGCAGAUUUGGAUUUAUCUUUAAACAAGAUAACCGGUUCAAUCCCGGUUCGCCUUGGAAAAAUGCGGGUUCUAUCUACACUAAAACUUGAUGGCAACUCUAUGACCGGUAAAAUACCAUCCAGUUUAUUAAGCAACACGGGUAUGGGUAUUGUGAAUUUGAGCCGAAACGGGUUCGAAGGAUCUAUACCCAACGUAUUCGGGUCAAAAUCCUAUUUCAUGGUUCUUGAUUUAUCGUUUAAUAAUUUAACGGGUCGGAUACCGGAUUCGUUUUCAUCCGCCAAGUUUAUGGGUCAUUUGGAUCUUAGCAAUAAUCAUCUUUGUGGAACUAUACCAAUUGGUUCUCCAUUUGAUCAUCUCGAUGCGGCGUCGUUUAAUAACAAUGAUUGUCUAUGUGGAAACCCAUUGAAGACUUGUUAA